GCGUGGUAGAACAUCAGAACCAUGCUUGAUAAUGCGAUUGGUGGACAUCCUGAACGUCGCUCUGCUCUAAUUGCUCACGAACUAUUACGACUCAAUAUCGAUAUUGCUGCUGUCAGUGAAGUUCUUCUCGAUGAGGACGGUAGCUUCAAUGAACAUGGUGCUGGCUACAUACUUUACUGGUCAGGAAAACCCAAAACCGAAAGUCACCUUCCAGGAGUUGGCUUCAUGGUUAAAAACUCCAUCGUCUUCAAACUCUGCCGACAGGUCAUUCCAAUCGUAUUAUGUCCUUACACCUCCCACUACACAACAAGCAACAAGUCCUUUUCUUUAUAUAUUUCAGGUAUGCAAGCUGACCGCAUGGAAAAAAACAUUCUAUACCGAUCUACGCGUCUUAUCCAAAAGGUUUCUCCAAAUGAUAAGGUUAUAAUCUUUGAACAACAAUCCACCAUCACAUAUCGUGCAGCAGCGAUACAGCUUAAAGAUAACCCGGAUGCAUCCUUGAUUCAAGUACUGGUACCUCAUCGACUAUGUCUUAAUGCCCUAGAGAAACGUUCAUGA